AAUCUCGAAGUUACACAGAAGCUGUUAACCACUCUCUGGUGAUGUCUGACAGCAGCUUGGGCACCAACCCUGCCUUGCUGAGGGCCAGCGUGCAGGCAGAUCCUUCCUUUCAGCGCUGUUUUGCAUCUUCAUGUACUGUUUCAAGUCCUAUCCCAGGGGGAGAAAGCUCUUCUGCAGCAGAACGUCCUUGGCUUGAAAGCAGCCCUAAAGCUUCCCCAUCGCUCCCGCUUUCAAUGGGAAACAGCAGGCCACCGGGAGGUUACCUUGCACCCUCUGAAUUUUCAAAUGCCGCACAAGAUGUCUCGCUCAUGUCUCAUUUCCAAACUCCAGGACUGCAAGUUGUCACCCUGAGCAGCCUGGAGAAUUCACCAGCAGAGCCACAGCAAGAACCUGCUGUCAGCAGCAGUACCCGGGCCUACCUGAGCUACACCGGAGGCAACAUGGGCAGUAGCUCCCCCCAGGAGGAGAAACAAGCUACUUUCGUAGCCAAUACUAACAUCUCUCCUAAAACCAUGAGCUCUUCAGUGGCAAGUGCCGAGGACAAUGGCUUUUUGACACAAAACUUUCUUACAGUGGCCGCUGGACACAUUAGCCAGAACAGUGCAGUUCAGCAGCACCAUGGAGGGAAUCUACAUGCUCAGCCGCCUCUUCCAGAGAAAAAGAGGUCCUCUGAAGGAGACCGUUCCUUUGCCUCCGUGUCACCUUCUUCAAGUGGCUUCUCUAGCCCCCACAGUGGAAGCACAAUCAGCAUCCCCUUCCCGAAUGUCCUCCCAGACUUCUCAAAAAUGCUAAGCACUUCCCCGGUGCCAGAAAACACAACUGAUAAACAUGUGACUGUAAAAUUUGUCCAGGAUACAUCCAGGUUCUGGUAUAAGCCAGAUAUUUCAAGAGAACAAGCCAUUGCUGUUCUCAAGGACAAGGAGCCUGGGUCAUUUAUUGUUCGAGACAGCCAUUCUUUCCGGGGAGCCUAUGGGCUAGCAAUGAAAGUUGCUACACCACCUCCUUCAGUGCUGCAGUUAAACAAGAAAGUUGGAGAUUUGUCAAAUGAGCUUGUAAGGCAUUUUCUGAUUGAAUGCACGCACAAGGGGGUGCGCUUGAAAGGAUGCCCAAAUGAACCAUAUUUUGGGAGUUUGACAGCUCUGGUGUAUCAGCACUCCAUCACUCCUCUGGCAUUGCCCUGCAAGCUCCUCAUCCCAGACAGAGAUCCCUUGGAGGAGAUCGCAGAAACUUCUCCACAGACUGCUGCAAACUCGGCAGCAGAGCUUCUCAAACAGGGUGCAGCCUGUAAUGUUUGGUACCUGAAUUCGGUGGAGAUGGAGUCCCUCACGGGGUACCAGGCAGUACAGAAAGCCUUGAGCCUGACGCUGAUUCAGGAACCUUCUCCUACCUCCACCGUUGUCCAUUUCAAGGUGUCUGCGCAGGGAAUCACGUUGACAGAUAAUCAAAGAAAGCUCUUUUUUCGGCGACAUUAUCCAGUCAACACUGUUAUUUUCUGUGCUUUGGAUCCACAAGACAGAAAAUGGAUGAAAGAUGGCCUGUCUGCAAAAGUAUUUGGGUUCGUGGCCAGGAAGCAAGGCAGUGCCACAGACAAUGUGUGCCACCUGUUUGCAGAGCAUGAUCCAGAGCAACCCGCCAGUGCCAUUGUGAACUUUGUAUCAAAGGUCAUGAUCGGGUCCCAGAAGAAGAUCUGA